UCUUUCGAAUUUCCCAAAGUUAAAGGAAUUUAAAAUAAUGAACACUCAGUCAGACGUUCGCUAUAACCCAAGACAACCGCCCACGAUGAAAGUCAUAUCGUUGUUACUCACAGUCGGCGUGUUAACCGCAGGAACACCGAUAAACGAACAGGGACGCGUUUCUGGUGGUCUCGCACUCUCGGCCGCUGUACCUCAUCUAGUAUCGAUCACGCUCGAUGGCCAGCACGUAUGUGGAGGAUUCAUUUACAGCAGUAAUUGGAUUGUUACAGCUGCCUCUUGCGUCAAUGGCGUUUUGCCGAGUCAGGUGAAAGUCGUCGUGGCUCAGGUAUCACUGAUUCAGCAGGACAUAGAUGAGCAAGUGAUAUCAGUCUUCAAAAUAUACAUUCACGAAGGAUACCAGCCAACCACGAAACUGCACGAUAUUGCCAUGUUGCAGACGGCUUCGACGAUGACGUUCGGACCUAGAGUUAAUUUCAUACGCUAUGAAGAAGCAGAGGAAGUCAGCGGAACUGUAGUCAAAUUGGCUGGAUGGGGAGCCACAACGGUGGGCGGCACGCCAUCCACCAAACUGCGGGAGAUAACAGUGACAAUACCUGCCAGCUGUUCUGGAAUGUACACCGCUGAAGAGUUUACUUCUAAUUACAUGCUUUGCGCUGGCGGCUCUCCAGCAGAUAUUGGAUCUCCUUGCCAAUACGACGAAGGUUCGCCUUUAGUUCAAACGAUCGGCACGACUUCGUACGCAGUCGGGAUCAUGUCGAAGAACCAGGGUUGUGGGGCUGGCUUCGCACCGACCAUCUAUACUCGCCUCUCUGCCUACUAUGCGUGGCUCAACAAGAUUGGUGGCCUCCAGCCUGUCCUCUAACUGACAAGUCUAUGUGUUUAAUGAAAUUUAUCUUUUUAAAGAGUUUUAGAAAAGCGUUUCCGUAAAACUAUAAACGAAAUUUAAACUGUUCGAUGUCUAGGACGAAUGAUGUUCGGUUAGUUUCUAGCAGAAGAAUUGUACUGUCUUUAAUGAGAAGUAGAAGUCUAAUGGACAAACGAAGAAAUAGACUCGUUCGUUACAA